AACCACAGGUCUUUCUGCCUCUCCUAAUUAUCCCUCCACAAGCAUCAGGUACUCUGCUGCUAAAAAGUGUUUCAUACUGACAACUGACUCAGGGGACUCUUCUCUUGGACAGAGCAGCUAAUUGCCCCCUAUAUGAAGAAUGGAGGACAGGAAUGCUUUUCAAAGCAUGGAAACAAGAACCUCACAACCAAUCGCCACAACAAGUCCAACAGUCAACAUUGCCUAUGAACUUUGCAUAAUUGAGUUCAGAGUCAUAAGUUUGCUUUCAAUCAUCAUCUCCCCUGUUGGAAUGGUAUUAAAUGCCAUAGUGCUGUGGUUCCUGCACUUCCAGAUGCACAGGAACACCUUCUCUGCCUAUGUCUUCAACCUGGCUGUGGCUGACUUUCUCUUCCUGUGUCCUCAAUUUAUAUUUUCCUUUUUUAUUGUCUGCACCCAGUACUAUAUUGUAAAACUGUACAUUAGAUACUAUUUGGAUACUGUGACAAUAUUUGCUUAUGUUUUCAGCCUGAGCAUUAUCACCAUCAUUAGUAUUGAGUGCUGCCUGUUGGUCAUGUGCCCCAUCUGGUACCGUUGCCAACGUCCGAGACACACAUCAUCUGUCACCUGUGUCUUGCUUUGGGUUCUAUCUCUGCUGUUUACAUUUCUGAAUAAGUAUGCAUGUAUUUUACUGUUUCCUCAUCUUAACAUUGUUUGGUGUAAGAAAUUUGAUAUCAUCAAUUCUGUAUGGAUAAUUGUUUUAUUUGUGGUUCUCUGCGGAUCCUGCCUCACCCUGCUUCUCAGGAUCUCCUGUGGAUCACAGCAGAUUCCUGUGACCAGGCUGUAUGUGACCGUUGCACUCAGAGUGCUAUUCUGCCUGAUCUUUGGUAUUCCCUUUGGGAUUUACUGGAUAGUUGACCAUUGGAAUGAAGAUAAUAAUUAUAGUAGAAUUUGUGGUUUUUCAUAUGACAUACUAUACCUAUACUCUAUUAAUACCUGUGCCAAUGCUACCAUUUACUUCCUUGUUGGCUCCAUUAGGCAUGGCAAGUUCCAGAGGAUGACUGUGAAGCUGAUUCUGCAGAGAGCCAUACAGGACACUCCUGAGGAAGAGGGUGGAGAGAGGAGCCCUUCAGAAAAUCCUGCAGAACUGGGACCAGUCUAGUGUAGCAACUGAGAGCUGCUUUCAUAAGAUAGAUGUGUUUUGAAGAGAGAAAUAGUUUUUCUUAUCUAUGGGGCUUAUUUUCACAACCUUGUUCAGUUUGUUACCUGAUCUUUUAUCAGUUAUAAAAAAGAACAAUCAUUUAUGUGAAAGUUGAGGCAUCCAGGAUUUGUCCUACACUGGCUGUAGCAUUUAUGAAGCUAUGUUACUGAGGGCUCCACCCUCUUAUUUUGAUGGGACUCCUCAGAAGUGUUCUGGGAUUGUUGAUGAUGAAUGACAAAUUCUUUCUUCAUCAGAAGGCUAAAGGAAAUAUAAGGAAGGGCGGCAUUUCUUUAGUCACUGAAAUUUAUUGUGUUUAAACAAAUGUUAUAUCUUGCAAAAUUUUAUAUGUUUAAAAACAGCCCUUUCUCAGUGUUUCAAAAGUUAAAUAGAUAUACUUUAUAACCCUAGUCCUUAUUAAUUUCUGCAAGUUAUAAAGGAUAUAUGGAGUGAUGGUCUUUCUAAUAUAAAUUGCUUAGUAAGCAAAUAUACAUUCUCAAUACAAGUCUGUUAAAUAUCUAGUCACCUACUGGAAUCAUCAUCUUCAAGUUCACCAUGCCUUUCAUUUUUAGCAUUGGAAGAGUUCUGUCAUGUUUUUGUAAUGAGAUUCAUCAACAACUAUUAACACCAGAAGAUGGAGAAUUUCUGUCAUUCUCUUCAAAAUGCCUUGCUUGACAUUUCAUUGUCAUGUCUUUUCUCUUUCCUCUCUUGGCAUUGCCAUGUUUCCCAUCUCUCCAAGUUUCUAAUUUCUCAUGACAAAUUUCCAACGAGUUCCUCUAGAUUACAUUCCUUUGAAAUAAAACCUGUCUCAUGUUUAUAUCA